AUGCCCAGUGGAUUUGGUGGCCAGCAACAGCAGCAGCAGCAGCCGCAACAAUCCAAUAGAUCCGUCUCGGGUCGUCUACCAAACGGCAAGAUGGCAAACAACAACAGCCCUGGCUGGGCGUUCGGUGGCGGGGUACCCAUGGGAGGAGGAGCCGGCAUCCAAAAUCCCAAUCGUCAGAUGGGAGGGAAUGUGAGCUUUGCUCAGAGUCUGAGCGGCUUGCAACCGGGAGCACCCUUGGACCUCUCGGAAUUCCCUUCACUCUCCAACACGCCGCAAAUGGGUAAUGCCAACCCAGCGUCAAUGUGGUCAUCCGGUUCCCGAAAUAUCAGUGUCCCUGUACAGCGCAACCAGUCGACGCCCCUGUCCUCGCAGGCUGGUCAAGAGGAGCUGUACAGCUCCCCUUCAUCUCGCAUGGCUACCGCUCAGCAGCAACAGCAGUCGUUUCGCUUCGGUAACCAGCAGCAGCCAUCGUCGGCAACCUCCCAGCAGAUGCAGCAGACCACAGCCGACGACUUCCCUCCCCUUAGUAGGACGGCGAAUGGAGACGUCGGAUUUGCGGCAGCUGCUCAGGGCAGCAGGGGAAACGGCCUCCUGAACGCACUCUCUGCUAACAGCCGAUCGACCGAGACACGCACGCCCCCGGGCAUCGUCCCAGGUAAGCAAAGCAAAGUCGAGGCCGGACAACCUCUACAAGCAAGCGGUGAACCGCUAUUGACAUACACCUCGACAGGCCCCACGAGAGCUCAAGGAGAGGACGGUGGUAUUGGAAACUCUGGAUCGCAAGGCGCUGCUGAUCAAGCUCCAUCCAGGCUUGGCGACGAUGGCGACAAGGACUCACAGGCUCCUGAAGGCGUAGAUCUCCUUGCCGGAAUGCCGGAAAAAGACAAAUGGAGUAUCAAGGGACUGCGCACCCUGAUGAACAACUAUCCCGACUUCCACGCGAUGAGCGUUGGACUGGAUCCCACGACAUUGGGUCUCGACGUCACGUCUCCCGAACUCCUGUCGACUCAGACCUUCUCGCUCUUCGAUGACGCGCCUGCACGGCCAACGGUCAGCGGCAGCAGGUUCCGCUUACCCGACUGCUACAACGUGACCAACGUGCAGCCGAUAGAGACCAAGAUUCAAAGCUUCAACGAGGAGACUCUGUUCUGGAUCUUCUACAGCUGUCCGUACGACAUCAAGCAGCAAAUGGCAGCCGUUGAGCUGCACUCGCGCAACUGGAGGUGGCACAAGAAGCUCCAGGUGUGGCUUACCAAGGACGAGCAGAUGACUCCCCAGAUUCUCAGCCCCGUACAUGAGAGGGGUUACUACAUCGUCUGGGACACCUCGAGUUGGCGAAAGGACCGACGCGAGUUCACGUUGUACUACAACGAUCUAGAUACAUCGCUGAGCCAGCCGCCAGUAGUGGCGUAA